AUGGCGUCGCCCGGCAAUGAAUCUCUCCAAUCUGACGUGCCUCCCUCGAAACCCUUGAAGCCAGAGGCUUCAGAUCACGCCGCGUCGUUAUCUCCGACCCCAACUGCCCCACCUCCUCCGUCCGCAUCCACCGUUGUCGGUGCAGCUCUUCUACGGGACUAUGCCUUUCAUAUAGAACCCUUUCAGACACACGACAUCCAUCCGCACGAUUCCGCCCUCAGACCUCCCGGCAGCGGAGCGCUGCCUUCACAGAAGAUAGAUUAUUCAUCCCAAGAGGAGGCCGUUCGGUCGUUGCCCUCCCCGACUCUGCAGCGACUCCGCCAGAAGUCAGUCUCCGGACAUCGGCCGACGACCCAGCGAACGCUUUCUGUCGAUCGAAUCCCUCGACAAACGAUCAUGAAAGCCCUGGCAUCACGAGGACAUGGCUCGAUCGGUGGCAGCGCUGGGCCAGCUGCCAAUACCAAUAACCAGGGCGUGGGCGUCCCCGCCCCCAGCGCUUGGUCAGACCUGGUUGCCAACCAGAGCAAUAACCAGGGUAGCAGCCAGAACCCGGGCCCGCCGGAGGGAGAAAGAGCGUCGGUGUAG